GUUUGUUGGUUUCGCAUAAUAUUCCUCGCUUGUAAAGUACCGUUCUGGUACCAGAUUGGAUGAUUAACUAUGCUUUCCUGUUGAAAGUGAAAGUAAAGAAAGGAUUUUAUCCUGCCAUAAAUAAACAUAGCGAGUAAAAUGAGUUCCGAUGAUAUCAAAAUGAUUUUGAGAAAGUUUUACGUUGUAUUACGAACGAAUGUUCAGCCCAGUGCAGUCACGCCAAUAAUUGAAGGCCUCACAGUUUUUGAUCAGCAACAAAUACAGGCAACAACUAAAAUGGAUGGUGCGAUGCUUGGGAACGACAAACUGCUAGACACACUUGGACGUCGCACGACAAGAACAUUUUUGUCAUUUGUGACAGUUUUAAAAGAGUAUAAUCAAGACAUAGCAUGUGAAAUAAUACAAUACGCAAAAGAUCAUUUCCCAAAUAUACACACUAGCAUUCUGAAUUUUGAGCGACAUCAUAAUCAAAUACCAUCAGCAACUGUUAAGCCUUCGGUUGCUUCAGGUUCAGAUGCUCAGAAUUAUCCACUCAGUGAGAGCCAUAGUGUUCACCAAAGAACAACAUUUAGCCAGCGUCCUGAUGCAGGGUCACAGGCCAUCAUUACAAGAGAACAAGAAUCUAGAGAUACAUACAGUAGUGGUGGUGUUACAUUUCAGUCUUUCCACAGAACUACAGAAGUUAGACAGGUGAAAUUCACUGAAGAAACUUUGUUGGAAGAUGUACCUAAUAUUGUCUUUAAGAAAUGGGCUGCUGAGUUGAACAACAAUGAUUACUGGAACAAACUUGGAGAUAUUAUGCAGCUUUCAAGAAAACAAAUGAAAGAUCUGAAGAGUAAAGAAAAGCCAGGAGAAGAAAUCUUAGACAUUUUAUGCAGUAAAGAAUCGGUUACUGUGAAGCAGCUGAUACAAUUUUUAGAUGUUGCUGAUCUUCCAUCUGUCCAUGAAGUAGUUAAACAAAGCCUAGUUCCAUCAACAGUUAUACAGGGAAGUACUAACCAGACUACUGCAGUAACAGAUACAAGACUUCAUGGCAGAACUUCUACUGAUCAGGAUCCUGUUAACAGAGAUAAUGAGACCAAUAAUUCGUCUGAGGAGAGCAAAACUCCACUGAACAAUAGUAUGAAAAAGCUGAAUAUUUCAGAUGACUCAAUUAAAAGCAAUACUGACAAUGAAGAAGUCCUAGCAACAGAGUGUGUACCUGGGAUAACAGAUGGAGCCAAUAAAACAUUAAUUAAUAACCUCAGUUCAACUCACAUGAAAUUUGAUGCUGUUAAAACUGUUCAUAUACAUUUACAUAAUAAUCAAGAAAACCCAGCAUGUAAUUUAGAGGAGAAUACUGAGGAAAAUGGUGAAAUUAGAAAUGUUGAGAGAGAAAUCUCUGCUGAAGAUAAUCCAUCACCAACUGGCGUAGAUUUACAGCAGUAUCCAAAUCUGAAUCUCUCUGCUGGGAGUACAGGAAACAAUAACAUAGUUGAUGAUACAAUAGCGGCAUUACAUAGACCAGGCAUCAUUCCCCCCUCGUCUGCAGCAGGCAGUUCUAUACCAGAACAUGACAUAGGACAACCAUCUCGCCUUGAACCUUGUAUCACAGAACAGCAGUUAUUGGCCAAUCCUGAGAAUACUACCACAGGAAUCAAUGGAAAAAAUCUAGAGCAAGAACGUGCUGCAUUGAGUGAGGAUUUUCAGAACCCACUCAAUCUAGACAGUUUCAGAGACAUUCAGAAUAGCAUACCAGGAACAAGAUCAUCAGAUAAUAAUAGGGGAUUAGUGCAACAAAUCAGUGAUGCCGAUAAUAGACAAUACAGAAUACAACAUCCAGUAGACAGUAUUAGUACAAAUGAUAAUGUGGAGAAAAAUGCUGAACAAGACCAUAUGGCAUUACAAAGAGAUGUUGAACAACAACUAAGAUUAGAAAGCGACAGGAAUCUUAGUGAAGUAUCAGAUUCACCAGACACAAGCUUACAGAAUUCCAUUCAAACAGAUACCAAACACCAAUGUUAAAUACAACUCUGUGUAAAAAUCAUGUAGAAAACACUGGGUAAUACACAAGAGUUAAUUUAUAUUUUCUUGUACCUUUGUUGUACUGUCUGAUGAGAUAUAUUCGCAAGAUCUUCUUUAAUGAAGUUUUACUUCAUAUGCAUUGUAAAUGAUUUGUAUAACAACAUUUUUUUUAAUGAAAUUCAACUUGAUUUUUAUAUAGAGUUGUACUUAACAUGCAUGUUUAGGUAGAUAGAAAAAAAAAAUAUGGUUGGUUUAUGAAUAUGCAUUAGUUUUAUUUUAAUGAUGUGAUAAAUCCUUUAUAGCUUUAAAAUUUUAAAACAUUUUUUCUAAUCUCUACUUGAAUACAAAAACACUUUUAAUGCUUAUAUAUUUCUCCUGGUCUUAACAUUGUUUAAUAACCAAUAACUCCCCAAAGGGAAUAAAGAGUGAUGAGACUGUAAAUCAAAAUGAAAAGUACAUAUUUUGUUGCAUUCAAUGAACAUUUGUCGAUUUAUUUUCAACUGAAAUGCUUGAUGUCAAAGUUAGGAAUAUUAUGGUAAAUUUUUGAUAGUUGAGGUCAUGUAGGUGAAUUUCAUUGUACUGCUACAAAGCUUACAAUAGUGUCAUAAUUGUAAUAUUCCAAAAUCUUGAAAUAUAGCUACUGUCUUUUUUGAAUGGUGUACGCAAAUGUGAUAUAAAAAUAUGCGAUCAUUCUAAUGUUGAUGUAUAAACAUUUUCAUUUUCGCUAUGUGAAAUGGUUGUAUUCAAUUUUUGUGAUAUUAGGUGUAAUAGAUUGGAGUUUUUGGACUAUAGUUAAAAGAAUGAUAUAAUAAAAGUCUUAUAUUAAAAUGCAAUACAGCUUAGAAGAAUUUAAGUUACUACUUAACAUGUACACGUAUAAUAGCAUCAGUUAUUAUAUACUUAUUUCUCAAGGCUUUCUUUACCAAUAAAAACUUGCCCCCAUGAAAUAGCCCAAAAGGGGUGCUCGAAAGUGAUAUUAAAACACCCAUUUGGCAACAAUCAUUAUAUCAUCAUUUAAUAAAAAAACAUUCAAAUCUUUGAAUCAUCAGUGGAGAAUGACAACAAAUAAUAUACUGUAAAUUCAGAAGUUAUUGCAUGCAUUUAUAAUUGUGAUUUUGUCAUUUUAGACUAAAAUGCAAUUUAAUUUUUUGUGAUAUUGAGAAAAGUCUUGUUUAAUUCAUAUAAAAGAGUUCAAAAUACGAGCUUAAAUUAAUAGAUUAUAACCCUGUCACAUUGUUCGCAAUAAUAAAAACAUCACAAUAAUUUCUGAAUUUACAGUUGAUGAAGCACUUUUAAUAUUUUUUUAUUAUAUUAUUGUAAGGAUUAUAAAGACAGCAAUGAAGUUAUUUUAAACUGAAUACUUACUGUUUUCUUUGUCUUUAAAUAAGAUCAUAAGUUUUUGCAUUGCACAUUUUGUUAAUGGAUAAAAAAAAGUUUGUAAAAAUGCUUAUUAUUGUUUUCUUUAUAAUAUGGAUGUGCAUUGUGUUUGUCAAAAAAAGUUGGAAGUUAACAAAUUAUUAUAAUAUUAAAAAAAAUCAUUUAUUCUUGAA